AUGGAGGGGGCAGUCCUGUCCUCAAACUGGAAGAAACUACAAGCCAGCCUGAAGUCCACUAAACCCACCGAGUCGUCCUCCAAAACUGUGACCAAGUCCAGCCAUGGAGUGAAGCGCAAGCGUGAGCCCCUCCGACCGGGACCACUGAAACAGUCCAUAAGCCAGCAGACGCAGAAACCAAGGAAGAAAGCACGCAUGGAGAAUUCGAUGACGCAAAAUGGGGUAUCGAGACCUCCGAGAACGAUUCAAGAUAUGGAGAAUUCGGAAUCUGCGCUUCCUCUUCGGCCGGUCCUUACGGCGGCUGACUUGGUCAACUGCGGGCUGUCGGCGAACGUCGAAGUUGGGAGAUACAUCGCCAUUGACUGUGAAAUGGUCGGCGUCGGGCCCAACCCCGAUCGAGAGUCCGCACUGGCACGGGUCAGCGUGGUGAACUACAACGGCGAGCAAGUCUACGACUCGUACGUGAUACCCAAAGAACCAGUCACAGACUGGCGAACACAUGUCAGCGGGAUCACUCCACAGCAUAUAAAGAUCGCGCGGUCGUUGGAAGAGGUGCAAGCGGAGAUCUCGAACCUUGUCAAGGACAGAGUACUCAUUGGACAUGCGAUUCGCCAUGAUCUUGAUGCUUUGAUGCUCGGGCAUCCGAAAAGAGACAUACGCGACACUGCACGCCAUGCGCCGUAUAGAAAGUUGGCUGGCGGGAGUUCUCCGAGGUUGAAGAUACUCGCGUCCGAGUUGCUGGGGCUUGAAAUACAGGAUGGGGCCCAUUCUAGUGUCGAGGAUGCUAGGGCUUGUAUCCUGCUAUUUCGACGUGAUAAAGCAGCCUUCGAACGAGAUCACGCAAAGAAAUGGCCUACCCGAGUUCCUGUGGAACCAACAGAGACCGACGAGCAGUCGACAGCCAAGAAACCUCGGAAGAAAAAGAAGAAGAAGAAACACUGA